AUGAUGGCCUGGAAGCCACUGCGAGUCUCCGCAUCUGCGGGCGCGCAUCUGCCGCCUCUCCUAAUAUCUACGAACUUCACGAAUGAUUCGUACACAAUCUAUCUCAGCGACCUGACGAGUAUCUGGAGUGAAUCUUUGGAGCGUGCAGCCAUUAUACGCCGCAGUCGGGAGGAAAGUACGAGCAUUGAUCCGAGUGACGCAGCUCAGUUCAAAAUAUUUCGGGACAAGAUCAAGUUGGGGCUGGAAGGAGGAAAGGACACAACAUUAGCUUUGAGCAUAUUGGCCGACCCGAGCCGACCCUCUCUUGUCCUUAACGUUACCGUCAAUCUUCCAGGUGGUCUUCCGCCGUUGGACUGGCCGAUCCGACUUGCUGCUGGACCCCAAUGCAUGUUAACGGGUCAGUUGAUCAAACCUCUGUUGCAGGCACAGCAUGAACGGAUCCAGGAGGCGAAUAGCUUGGUGGACAUCUUGAAAGACAAGGACCAUGUCAUACAAAAGUUGUUGGACAAGUUGGAAAGCCAGGGAACGGAACUGUCUCAAGUGUUCCCACAGGCUGCAGGCAAGGUGGGACGCAAAGUGGACAGGAAGAAGGCUGCGGAAAGGGUGAAAGGUCUGGCUCAGUUCGACGUGGGGAGUUGGAAGGAAGGCCUGGACUAUGCCCAAUCGCCAGAUACGACACAGCUGAUUGCCAACAUCUUUGGGGCUAGCGCUGAUGCUCUGCCCCUCCGCGGAGGCGAUGAGAUCUCUGAGGAGGAUACCGAAGAGUGGUGGGACAACAUCAAGGGCAUUACCGUGAAUUUGGUAACAGGCAAGAUCUCAACAAGGGGGCCUUCAAAGGCAAGUAGAAGGACAACGCCAUUGUCGAAAAUACCACCACCACUUCCGAAGCAAGAAUCCACUAAUGAUGAUGACGCUUUCCAAACUCAAGCUACACCACCUCGAAGCUCGAAUGCGAAAGUAUCAGCGCCGAAAGCAAAGGUUGAGACUUCUUCCGAUGAUGAUGACCUUGAUGCUCCUUCUCAGCGGUCCACAAAGCGUUCCAAAAUUCCCGACAGCUUUCCGAAAUCUCCUUCUCCCCAUCUAAAAGCACCUUCACUAAAGGUGGUAAAAAAGUUUGGCAAUUUAGGCGGUGAGAAAGCCGCACCUGCACCAUCUCCACCCACGAAAGAGGAUGAAAGCACAGAUGACGAGGAGCCAAUACCUCUACCAAAGUCUACCAAGAAAGCUUCACCACAGGUCAUAGUCCCCGACGAUGAAGUUACAGAAAAUGACGACGAACACACCUCACCCCCACCAAAAGCCGCACCCCAAGCACGUUCACCGUCCCCAGAACCUGUCCCCAAACCACAAAAGAAAUUCGGCAAAAUAGGCGGCAAGAAAGACACCCCUCCACCCCCAACACCCGAAUUAGAACCCGACGACGAACCCGAACCGUCACCACCCCCAAAAGCCGCCACCCCGCCAGCAACCAAGGCCAAGAAACCGAAAUUCGGCCAGAUAGGCGGCAAGAAGAAGACCUCCGAAUCAACACCUGUACCGGAAGAAAGCGUCGCAACAUCACCAGCGCCAAAGGCUGGCAUAAAGAGAAAGCUCGGAGCAAUCGGACACAAAGCUGUCAAGGCUGAACCAUCUUCGCAAAACCCUGAAGAGGAUAUUAGAGGUCGAGCUCCUACCAAGGAAGAGACUCCACCGCCCAGAGAGACGUCUGAAGACAGGGCAGAUAGGAAGCGCGAACAGCUGAAACGGGAGUUAGAGGAGAAAGCCAAGGCGCCCGUGAAGAAGAAGCGGAAAUUUUGA